UUCUCCUUCCAGGAAAACGGCUGGGGGGCAUCCCUUGCUGAGAGACUGGUCAGGAAAUGCGAUGUUGUGAACCGUGGGCUCUCGGGGUACAACACCAGAUGGGCCAAGCUGAUCCUUCCAAGACUGAUCAGCAAAAGCACCGGUGCUGAGAGCACUGUUGCAGUUACUAUUUUCUUUGGGGCCAAUGACAGUGCCCUGAAAGACCUGAACCCGCAGCAACACGUUCCUCUGGAGGAGUACGCUGCCAACCUGAAGAGCAUGAUUCAGUAUCUGAAGUCAGUAGACAUCGCUGAAGACCGGAUUAUUUUGAUAACGCCACCGCCACUUCAGGAAUCAGCUUGGGAACAGGCGUGUGUGGCCAAAGGUGAGAAAUUGAAUCGCUGCAAUGCCACCACCGGGGAAUACGCCCAGGCCUGCGUUCAGGUGGCCAGGGACUGUGGAACGGAUGUACUCGACCUCUGGACACUGAUGCAAAAAAAUCAGGAUUUCUCUUCUUAUUUGUCUGAUGGGCUCCAUUUAUCAACAAAAGGCAACAGCUUUCUGGCAGCACAACUUUGGUCACGUCUGGAAAAAAACCUGUCUGCUCUUCCUUCACUGCUUCCAUACUGGCGUGACGUGGACCACAGGGACCCCGAGGCCAGUCUGCUGUGA